GUUGAGCACUGAGCACUGGGCAGCAUUUACACAGUCUGGCAGUAGGCUAUCCACAUGCCUGGAAUUAUUGUUCGUGGUCAAACUCGACUGCCUGGUUGCCGACUGCACUGUUGAUACGAGGGGUUGUGAUGAAUCCAUCCAUCCCCAUACCACGCCGUACCAGGCCAGCGGCCCGCCCUGGCCGUUACCCGUCGGGGCCCGUUCUCCUCUGUCAUCGGCUCACUGACCUCACACGCCUGGCCGAUCGACCGUGCAAUCAAUCAUCGGCCCAUCUCACAACUCACCUUCUCCUCUCCCAGAACAACGAGGUUCGCAACAAUAUCGACAGCACUGCUCGCGCCGGCCUGCAACGAGUACAUAUCAACGCACCCAAUACUCCUCCGUCCCUUCAGAGCUCAUCCAUCUCCUUGUGUUCUCGUCUACUCGCCAAUGGCCCCCCACCCAAAGACAGGAGCUCCGACUUCUUUGGUGGGCGGGUUGCAACCUUGCACGUGCAGGUCACGGUGGUGAACAGGCAGUCCCAAAAUGCGCCUGUUAGGCCGAGACCCUGGUCCUCUGCCAUGGCUGCUGGCUGAGAGCGUGCUGCCUAGCAGACCCCGCCCACAUAUCCGGGCAGGUACCUACGUACCUACCUAGGUACGGACUGUGCAAUGCAGCAAGGGGCACCUCCGGCACAUAGCCCUUAGGCCCCAUGGGCUGCUUGGUGCUCUCCGGCGCUGCGCUGCGCUGCGCUGCGCUACCCUCUCACUCAGCAUUAUUGGGUUUGGAUUUUCCCACUCGUCCAUCUUCCGCUCCGGUCCCAGACCACCUCACCUACCAAACUUGGCUCUUUCUCCUCGUCCUGCUGCUCUGCCCAGCCCUUUCCGUGGUAGGCCGUCUUUGCUCCUCCCUGCAGUCUCCUCUCGGUCAUGGUUGUCUGCUUCGUCGAGCAGCAAACCUCCUUCGUUCCGUCCCUGCCUCCCUCGAACUAGAUCUCGACGCCACUUCCGCCUGCCACGAAGCUCGACUUCACCCACUACCCCCUCCCUCCUCGACAAUUGCCCUCGUCCUCACUGUUCUGCCAAGCUCCAGAACGGUCACUUUCCUCCCUCGGCUCUCAGUCCCCCACCAUCCCUCUACACACGGCUACCGGUCUUUCAUUGGAGAGGCCUUGGUCCAGCCACCUGCGCGUCGCACCAUCUGCCUCCUGCUUCGUGCCUCUCUCCCACACAGCCCUCGCGGCAAGCAAUGGCAGGGAACUCUCCACCGAGACGAAGUUCACGUGCAAGAACAGUACAGUCACAAUCGCAGUCGCAGGCGCAAUCUCAACAGUCCUCUACAUCGUCGAGUCUUUCGGGUCGCCCCGAGCGAAACACCAGAUCAGUCAACAAGACCGGCUCACCUCAGAAAUCCACACCCAGUCUCUCUGACGAGCCGCCCGACGAGUCCGUCGCGAGCACCGACGAUUUGCCCACCCGGCGCCGUCGCACUCGGGCCCAAGGACAAGAAGAGGAGCGCGACAAACAACUUCCACAUCGGGACACAAUCGAAAUGGCUGGCGAUCCAGACGAAAUGCUCGAAGAGGACGACGGCGCCGUCCGUUGCGUCUGUGGCUUCGACGACUACCCCGGCCCACCACCGGUGGAUGAUGACAAGAAGCAUGGUCCAAAAGAUUCAAUUGACGUCGAGCCGCUACUGCCAUCUGACAUUAACGAUGAUGUGGCAGGGCUGUUCGUGCAGUGUGAUGUCUGCAAUGUCUGGCAGCACGGUGCUUGCGUCGGAAUUAUGAGUGAGGACACAACACCUGAUGAGUACUACUGUGAGGAGUGCAGAAAAGACCUUCACAAGGUACACAUAGCCAGCAAUGGACAACGUUAUUCUCACUACUUUCCUAUCCUUCCUAACCACCGGAAGUCGACUACCCGCUCACGAUCUCCGAAGGACAAAGAUAGCAAAGAGAGGGAAACGAGAAGUGGUCGGCAGUCGUCGAUCACACAGGCAUCCAAGAGAAGAUCUACCAUGAACAGCAGGGACGCAGCUUAUGACGAGGAGGAGCAGCUUCGUCUGGCAAUUGAGGCCAGCAAGGAGGUUGUUGGCCAAGACGGUGCAAUUGAAAGUGCUAGUGGUAGCAGGAGAUCCAAGCGUGGCCGCGAUGACAGCGAAGAGAAACAAGACAUUGGCAAGAGGCAACGUACAAAGUCCAAGUCCCCGUCGCCAGCGGAAGACAACAAUGAACAGCCAGACGCCAUCGAGGAUUCCGAAGAAGCCUCAAACAACAGAAGUGGGUUGAAAAAGCCCCGUAACCUGGUGACUCGCAACCAGGGCCAGCACAAGGAGAAGGAACGGGAGGAACGGGAGCGACAAAGGGCUGAAGCAGCAAAAAAACGUAGCGGUCGGGCAGAACGCCGGCGAGCUGAUGGUAGCACACCCGUAUCUACGAUUCUUGUGAAGGGGUCGGAGGCUCAAGCGGAUACAGAUUCGGAUCCUUCGGAGGAAUUGCCAUUGGCAACUCGGACAGUAGCCAGCCGGUCGACAGGCGAGAAGGCGACGACGACGGCCCCAGCAACGGCAACAUCAACAGGUGGGGUUGAGAGUAAGGCAGAAACGACUUUCACAGUCGAGGCACCACCUUCGUCACAGCCGGCACCCGAUACACCUCCGACACACACGCCCGCCCAGAGCUCAUCGAAGCCCAAACGAGCCCCAGCCAAGAAAGGCAAGGGGAAGAACCAAUAUACCAAGGAUCGAGACAUACGCGACGAGACGUCUCCAGCGCGGUCUCAGUCAAGAGAUGUACAAGGACAUGAGACUGGACACGGACAUCAUGCCAAAUCUGGCGAGGCCUCACACAAGCCACACUCGCGGGCUAAGGGCGGAUUCAAUAGCAAGGUGUCGAUGACUGACAUGAAGCGCAAGGCCGGCGCAAUGCUAGACUACAUAUCCAGGACACAAGUCGAGAUGGCCGGAGAGGCGACCCCGCCGAAUAGCGACAGUCCUAAGCCUGUCGAAGGCGUGGCUCCACACACAGCCGGUAUUACCUCUCGUCCGGGACAGAAAAGGGCGUCGGAGCUCGCUAAUGGCGAAUCGGGAUCCAGCUCUCACCCAUUAGGAGAGCAGAGAGACUUCAAAGACCUUUCGUCCAUGGAGAUGAUGGCGCGUCUGUCGACCGACUUGAUCAAAUGGCAACAAGAGUUCGCCUCCUGAGCUCCCUGUUGUCCGAAUCCUAUUGGUACGCGAAGUGUCUGACGGGUUCGUUUUUGUUACUUGGGGUGGAGGGUCAGAUUUCCGGCAUUUUUAGUGGCGUCUGUUGGGAUGAGAUGGGAUCGAGAUGGUCUUGAUAUACGAAUUAUUGCAUAAUGUCGGCGUUCACACCCGAGGGCAUCCCACUGCGGUCUUUGCCGGUUUCUGGCAAGACAUGUUCAUAUGUCAAAAGUCAUGCACAUAUCACGAAGGAGUGAGACGACCAAGACUGCCGAUGCUCUUUGGCAGGAUGAACGCUGAUACCCACUCGUGAUGGGUUGAAAGCGCGUGGGAACUAUUCGAUGGGAUUUUGUCAUUGGCGGGUCGAAUCAAUUAGGCCCCCCCCCUUUUUCUUUUUUGAAGACGUAUAGUCACAGUCACAGACAUGUUGGCAGCAACCCUCAAGUAGCGUUGGUGAGGAAACUAUACAAGUCCCAGGAAUUACGAAAGUGACAGUGACCCGGAACCCAUCUAACGGGGUACGUCUGAUUAGAAAAUCUGUACUUUUACCUACCCCCAGCGCCGUGUUGGGAGCCAUUUCUGGCCAAGACGAUCCAGCAUGUAUCUUUUCAAGCUGCUCGCGACACCUGAGUAGAUCCAUGACGUUACCAACCUCAAGAGUCAAGACAUAUGAGCGCAUCAACGAGCGCAUCGCAAACUUUCUUGAUCAGCAGCACGGUCGAGGCACAAACGGCCCUGAUUUUUCCAGCAUUUUCAAUUACAUCCGUGGAGUAGCGAUGGAUCAACCAAAACUGAUCCUGUCCUGGCUUUUACCGCGCUGGAUAACAGGCGCAAAAGGGAGGUACAGGCGCAGGGAUCGAAGGAGGAACGGCUCCUAGUAUACUUCCCCUGACACCUAGGAGACUCAAAAUCAUAUCAUCGACCAAGACCACAGUGUCUCAUGAUGCCCCGCUCCAUGAACCCUUACCAUCAUUUGGUGCUGCUGCUGUCGCAUCGUCAAAUCAGGUCUACUUGGUCUGUUUCCCCCGCAACUUUCCACUACGAUCCGGCUGACUACUUAAGUAUGCUCUCCAGGUUGCGAUUCGCAUUCUCCCCCGCAGGCUCUUAGACCGGGUGGGGUGAAAUCUUGACCCCCUGGGACGCAUGCGAGCAGAAUAGGAUCCAUUUCAUCAGGCGCAUGCAGCCUGUUGAGAAUAUUCCAUCAAGGACCACAUCAGCGAGACAAAUACUAUCACGGCAGCCAUGGUUGCGCUCCCGCGUGUUGCGAAGGGCUGUCUGGGACCCCAACUUAACGAUGGGGGCCUGGAGGAGCGCCUCUACAGACUUCCCGACGACGACCUCGAGGCUACCAAGAAUCCACUUGUCGCCGAGGAGGCUUGCCGGGAGGAGUUGAGGCGCCUCGGGACACGCGCAGAUAGGGUAUCCACGUUCACUGCAGUGCAUCAAAAGAUGAUGAGUGCGAAUCCGCUGUCAUCAGGAUGGCUGUGCACAGAUGCAAGAUACAAUGAGUUUGUGGGCGAAACUUGGGCCACAGCAACAUGAACGAAGGCUGCGCUGUAGGGUUCAGCUUGUCGUAGGUGGAGAAUGAGAAAAGGGAAAGUUUUCAAGGAAUUAGAAGGCAAGGGGUCUUGGGCGCUUACCACCGUAUGAAGGUACCAUGUAUGUCCUCGGACGUAUACGGAAUAGAAGCGAAACCACAGAAGGACGAGACUUGGUCAAGUGAGCGGCACACUUAAAAAAGUGGAAAGGAUGUGUAGCAUCAACGUGACA